AUGAACCAAUGUCGAGGGUGCAGCAACCACAGCCACAACUGCAACCCCAACCGAAACAGCGAACAUCAUCAAGCGCGCCUCGCGCACCCGUUCCGCUUGACCCAGUUGAAAAAGCUCGCCGUCAAAUGGGUUAUCGCAACAACUGGCACCGGAAGCCCGUGGACCAAGAGGCGCAGGUGCACCGUGUUCGACACGGGCAAACACGGCGUGGGCGGCCGCAUGGCCACCCGUAUCAGCGGGGAGCCCUCAUUGCGCUCCGGAACCGGAUCCCUGGCGAAACCCGCCGUACAGCUGGGCGGACUCAGAUUCGACCAUGCAGCCCAAUUCUUCACCGUUACAGGUGCGCCCCGUGUCGCCCAGCAGUUAAUGCGGUUGAGGUUGAACGCGGUUUGGGCGCUGAUGGUCGCCUUCGAUGGACCACUGCCCGUGCCGUUUGAAGGUGCUUUCAUCCAAGGCAGUCCGAUUCUCAGUUGGGCGGGGAACAACACCGCGAAAAUGGGGCUAAGACACACCCCCAGCGACAUUCAGUGCUGGACGCUUUUUUCGACGAACGCGUACGGACAGGCAAACAAGGUACCCCAGGAGGCCAUUCCUGCUGAGGUGGCGGAUAAGGUGGCGGAGGAGAUGUUGGCGGCCUUCAAGCAGGCCGUGACGGGGCCCGGAGCCUCUCGCAGCGUGAAGGAGUGGCCUCGACCCGUGUUCACUCGCGUGGGGGUCUGUGGCGACUGGCUGACUGGGGGCAGUUUGCAGGCGGCGGCUGUCAGCGGCAUCACCCUGGCGAGGAAGAUCGCAGGAUGCUUCCCUUCCCUGGGGCAGGUUGAGGGCAGGAUCAGCCAGGGGGCUUACAACCAAGCUGGUAAGAAAGGUUGUGACCUUGCUGGCCCAACAUUCUGUGUUGCGGCCAAGUGCAGGUCUGUUGCCUAUUUGGGAAAUGCCGUCGGGCUGCCAGCGGCGCCUGGUUUGGGUCUGAUGGAUCCAGAUCACGUGCUACAUCGGAUCUUUGCCUACGACCCGCCAGCGCUGGACAGUUUGUGGGAUGCCGUACGAGCCGGCAAGACGUGGAGCGGUCUCGUCUGCAUGCCGUCACACCUAGAUCUCCGGGGCCUGCGGGACGCCGCCAGCGCCGCCGCCAUGUCCACGUCACCAUGCGCCGGCCAACGCGCCCUCAGUGCGGCCGCCGACGCCACCGCUGCCGUCGUCCCCGAAAGCAUGCCAUGGAGCCAGGGGCUUUUGUACGGCGGCGGUGGCAGCGGUGGAGUCGGUGGCGGCGCCGCCGCCGAUACGGACGUCGUGGGCUUGCUGCUACAGCAGCUGCAGCAGCACGGGAGCGGCACGGGCUCGCGGGUCGGUGGCGGCGCGACGGCGGCUACAGCUACGUGCGCCUCGGCGGCGGCGGUUGCUGUACCUGUCGGCUCUGGACGAGGGGUGGGGGAGAGGAGCACAGCUGUCGUUACCGCGGCCGCCGCUGGCUGUGGCAGCGGCGACAGCGGUGGCGGCGGCGGCGGGGGUUCCUGGGGAUUCGGCUGGGUAUCGCAUCUGCCGUCCGCCAGCUUGCCAUCGCCACAGGCGCCGCCGGCCGAACGCAUCACCAGCGCCGCCGGUUCACUCUCUCCUGACGUGGUGGCCACUAUUACAGGGCCGCCGCCGCCGCGAGCUACUGCAGCCACAGCCGGCGGCAGUAGCGGAGGCGGCUGCAACAACAGCGGCAGCCGCGGCAAACCCGUUAUGAAGCUGCCGCGCAACGUCUCGGCACCCACCUUUCGCAGCGUUGCGAGCUCUAGUCGUCCUCUGCCGUCGGUACUGGAGGCGGAGGCAAGCUGCGGCGGCAGCGUUUGCCGCCGCAGCGGAAGCGCCGCCGCCGUCAGCGUGGCGACCCUUCUGGCGCACCGUGCCAGCUGGAACGCCGACCAGACAUUCCCAGCCCAAGCUGGAACGUCGCUGUACGGCAGCUCUCCGUUGACGAUGCCGUCAAGGCAGCUAUCCACUUCGGUGUCCCUCCCCAACGCGCAAUCAGCAUUGGGCUCCAGCUACAGCCACAGUCACAGCGUCACCUCACCCUCCACGCCCUCGUGUGGUGGUUUCGGAGCCUUGAGCGGCGCACAGCAGUACAUGGCGAGGUCUGUUGCCUAUUUGGGAAAUGCCGUCGGGCUGCCAGCGGCGCCUGGUUUGGGUCUGAUGGAUCCAGAUCACGUGCUACAUCGGAUCUUUGCCUACGACCCGCCAGCGCUGGACAGUUUGUGGGAUGCCGUACGAGCCGGCAAGACGUGGAGCGGUCUCGUCUGCAUGCCGUCACACCUAGAUCUCCGGGGCCUGCGGGACGCCGCCAGCGCCGCCGCCAUGUCCACGUCACCAUGCGCCGGCCAACGCGCCCUCAGUGCGGCCGCCGACGCCACCGCUGCCGUCGUCCCCGAAAGCAUGCCAUGGAGCCAGGGGCUUUUGUACGGCGGCGGUGGCAGCGGUGGAGUCGGUGGCGGCGCCGCCGCCGAUACGGACGUCGUGGGCUUGCUGCUACAGCAGCUGCAGCAGCACGGGAGCGGCACGGGCUCGCGGGUCGGUGGCGGCGCGACGGCGGCUACAGCUACGUGCGCCUCGGCGGCGGCGGUUGCUGUACCUGUCGGCUCUGGACGAGGGGUGGGGGAGAGGAGCACAGCUGUCGUUACCGCGGCCGCCGCUGGCUGUGGCAGCGGCGACAGCGGUGGCGGCGGCGGCGGGGGUUCCUGGGGAUUCGGCUGGGUAUCGCAUCUGCCGUCCGCCAGCUUGCCAUCGCCACAGGCGCCGCCGGCCGAACGCAUCACCAGCGCCGCCGGUUCACUCUCUCCUGACGUGGUGGCCACUAUUACAGGGCCGCCGCCGCCGCGAGCUACUGCAGCCACAGCCGGCGGCAGUAGCGGAGGCGGCUGCAACAACAGCGGCAGCCGCGGCAAACCCGUUAUGAAGCUGCCGCGCAACGUCUCGGCACCCACCUUUCGCAGCGUUGCGAGCUCUAGUCGUCCUCUGCCGUCGGUACUGGAGGCGGAGGCAAGCUGCGGCGGCAGCGUUUGCCGCCGCAGCGGAAGCGCCGCCGCCGUCAGCGUGGCGACCCUUCUGGCGCACCGUGCCAGCUGGAACGCCGACCAGACAUUCCCAGCCCAAGCUGGAACGUCGCUGUACGGCAGCUCUCCGUUGACGAUGCCGUCAAGGCAGCUAUCCACUUCGGUGUCCGUCGGUAGCGGCGCAGCUGGCGGCGGCGGCGGCGGCAGUGCAGGACUGUUUGGUCCUUUGGGCCUGAUCCACAGCCCUUCUUCAGCUCAGCUGUCGUACUGGGCCAACUCCCGCCGUACACUCAUUCACAGGUCAAACAGCCUGGCGCAGACGGAGUACGCCCUGGACGGUAGCUACCGCACCAUGGGGAUUGCGGCGUCAGCGGCGUCUCAGGGCCUUCUAGGCCAGGGGCCUACCACUGCUUUCGCUGGCGGCGGCGGCGGGUGGUCGUACGGCAGCGCUGACGGCCUUCAGUGCUGCAGCCCCCGCGGCUUGGAUGCGUCCCUCGCGGAUCAGUUGUCGGGUCCCAAGUUUGUGCCGGCCCUGGUAGCUAGUACGGCAGCGGCAGCGGCGCCAGCAGCGACGGCGGCGCGGAGAGUCCUAAGCGCCAGCGUGAUGAGCGUGCGAGCUUCAUGCGGCGGCGGCGGCGGCGGUGGCGGCGGCGGCGGCCUCCGAGGAUUCUCUGCGUCGAGCGGUGCUACGACCAGUUUAGCGACGGCGGGAGAGGAGCUCGCGCAUACCGAGGCGACGGCGGCGGCGGCGGCGCCGUCACUGCUUCUGCCCAGUGCAUCGCCGCCGUACGUUAGCAACUGCUGCUGGCAUGAGGUUCAAGCAAACCUGGUUCUGGAUCCGGUUUCAACGGAAUGGAAUCUGGUGCUCGCGUUCCAUGACGUCACGUCGUACGUGCAGGCUGAGCUGGAGGUUAGACAGGUCUUAGAUGCUGAGCACCGCAUCCUUGAAGAAGUCUUUCCGAGACACGUGCUGGAGGUGAUGACGUCAGACAAGCGCCGUACAUCGGCUUUUGGCGGCGGCGGCGGCGGAUGUCCCUCCCUGCACCGCAUCCUUGAAGAAGUCUUUCCGAGACACGUGCUGGAGGUGAUGACGUCAGACAAGCGCCGUACAUCGGCUUUUGGCGGCGGCGGCGGCGGAUGUCCCUCCCUGGUGCGCACUUCCUCCUUGUCAUCGACUUACACUGUCAGCGGCGGUGCCGCCGCCACCGCCGGCAGGCAGCUGUCGUGUGGCGGACGUGGCGUGGGCCAGCCGGCACCUGCGCUAGCCUGGCGUCGUAUAACCACAGCACCUGCACAGCCCAUGGAGUGUACGACAGUUGCGACGAUCGUACAAGCUUCGGCUGCUUCAGUCAUCAAGUUUAUGUGUCACGCCAAAACAUCUGGAGCGCACAAAUUACGUGCCACGACCGAGUUAGUCGCUAUCCGCAGGUCUGUUGCCUAUUUGGGAAAUGCCGUCGGGCUGCCAGCGGCGCCUGGUUUGGGUCUGAUGGAUCCAGAUCACGUGCUACAUCGGAUCUUUGCCUACGACCCGCCAGCGCUGGACAGUUUGUGGGAUGCCGUACGAGCCGGCAAGACGUGGAGCGGUCUCGUCUGCAUGCCGUCACACCUAGAUCUCCGGGGCCUGCGGGACGCCGCCAGCGCCGCCGCCAUGUCCACGUCACCAUGCGCCGGCCAACGCGCCCUCAGUGCGGCCGCCGACGCCACCGCUGCCGUCGUCCCCGAAAGCAUGCCAUGGAGCCAGGGGCUUUUGUACGGCGGCGGUGGCAGCGGUGGAGUCGGUGGCGGCGCCGCCGCCGAUACGGACGUCGUGGGCUUGCUGCUACAGCAGCUGCAGCAGCACGGGAGCGGCACGGGCUCGCGGGUCGGUGGCGGCGCGACGGCGGCUACAGCUACGUGCGCCUCGGCGGCGGCGGUUGCUGUACCUGUCGGCUCUGGACGAGGGUGCCUAUUGAUUGGUGGUCGGCAAUCCAAAUCCGGCAUCCGGCAUCCGGCCGACGGUGAGGCGGCCGACGGUGAGGCAGCCAACGGCGAGGCGGCCAACGGCGAGGCGGCCGACAGCGAGGCGGCCGACGGCGAGGCGGCCGACGCGGCCGACGGCGAGGCGGCCGACGGCGAGGCGGCCGACGGCGAGGCGGCCGACGGCGAGGCGGCCGACGGCGAGGCGGCCGACGGCGAGGCGGCCGACGGCGAGGCGGCCGACGGCGAGGCGGCCGACGGCGAGGCGGCCGACGGCGAGGCGGCCGGCGAUGAGGCGGCAGACGGAAAAGCGGCCGACGGCGAGGCGGCAGACGGCGAGAUGCUGGCGGCGAGGCGGCCGACUGUUGUUGCAAUCCUGCGCGCCCUGGCGCAAGAUGCCAAAGCGCAAGCCUUUGCCGCAGCAUCGUGCCGAUCCGUCGUGCACGAGCGUGCUUACAUCUCACAAGGGCUUGCCGAGAGCGUGGCCUCUCACCCUCUUAGUGACAUGGGUGGGGCCUCUAUGGCGCUGGCCGCGCAUGCUCAAGAUCAGACUCUCAGUCCCGAUGCCCGGCGUCAGGAUAUUUGGGACGACGAAAUCACUAUUUGUCUUCUUCGCUCAGGCGAAUGUCCACCUGGCACCGACCUGGCGGAGCAAAAGCGUUGUGCUCAGCGCGCACGCAAGUACCGUUUCCAAGGAGAGACACUCUGUCGCAUCGAGAACGACGGCAAGCCACGCGUCGUUCCCAAGCCUGGUGACCGCACUGACAUCAUCAAGCGCACCCACGAGCAGGCUGGUCACUUCGGGGUGCGGCGCACGACUGCGCUGCUUCUCACCAGCUACUGGUGGCAGGGCAUGCACGACGAUGUCGCUUCGGUGGUACGUCACUGCGCAGCCUGCGAUCGUGUCAACACCAGCUUUUCAGCCAGGGCGCUGGAGCUCAACCCGCUGCCAAUAUCGGGUUUAUUCUACCGCUGGGGUGUGGACCUGUGUGGGCCGUUCAAGAAGACCCCCAGGGGUUUUACCUACGUAAUGAUUUGUGUGGAGCAUUUUUCUAAGUACGUGGUUCUCAUUCCGCUGCCUGACAAGCAUGCUGAGCAGACAGCGUUCGCCUUCCAGCACCACAUUUUGGGCCGUUAUGGGGCCUGUGCUGAGGUGUGUACAGAUCAGGGCAGUGAGUGGAAAGCUGAGUUUGCGCAAUUGCUGAUUGAUUCGUUGAUAGAUCAUCGUCAGACCUCAGCGAACCACCCGCAAGCCAACGGACUGGCAGAGCGUGCUGUUCAGACUUGCAAAAACGCGCUCCGGCGCAUUGCACAUGCUGGCGGUGGAGUUGAGGAGUGGGACAAGCAUCUGCCGUACGUCAUGCUGGGCUACAACUGCUCCGUGCAGUCAGCAUCGCGUGUUACGCCGUACCACGUCAUGCACGCCGUGGAGCCCACCAUUCCACCGGCGAUUAAGCAGCGUUUUGAAAGCGACGUGAGUUUGGAUGACCCAGAGGCGGCGGCAAGGUCUAUUAUGCAACGUGCUGCCGCUCUUCGUCGACAUAUGGCCGUGGCGGGCGGCAACCUACUCAUUGCGCAGCAUCGUGACACUCUUCAGUAUGCGCGCAUGAGGGGCGGAGCCGUUUUGCCGCGUUUGCGUCGUUUUGAGAUGGGUGACUACGUGUAUUAUCGGAAUACCUCCGCUCGCGCCAGUUUGGAUCCUCAUGCCAAGCCGGAUAUUCUGCGGGUUACUGAGCUCCCCAACGCGCAAUCAGCAUUGGGCUCCAGCUACAGCCACAGUCACAGCGUCACCUCACCCUCCACGCCCUCGUGUGGUGGUUUCGGAGCCUUGAGCGGCGCACAGCAGUACAUGGCGAGGUGA